CCGUGCAACCAUCUGAUAAUGAAUGGCAGCUUGGCCUGGCCGGCCUUUUUGGUAUGCCAUUGUCGGAGCUGCGUGCGAAGGGGCACUUCACAAGCGGCAGCAUUAAUGUUGGUGCACUGUUGCAGCUAUGCCACCGUUCUCAGUCUAUGGAUACUCAACGUACCGCCUACUACAUGGCUAUAGUAGGUUCCACGUUGCUCGUGGAUAAGACUAGAGUCGGGAUGCGUCCUCACCCUGUUGUUACUGUUACCGCUGAUGAGGCUGAUAUUGCUUGGGGUGCAGUGACGCUUGCUCACAUGUAUCGCCAACUGGGUAUGGCGACAAGGACUGGGUGCAAGACUAUUGCUGGUUGCCUGACACUGUUGCAGACAUGGAUUUACGAGUACUUCCCAGCCUUCCGCCCCCAUCCGCGUCAAGCUGACAUGCCGAACAAGACAAGGGCAGAGAUGUGGUCCCCGCCGAAGCCAAUCCGCGAGCUGAGCAGACUGAUAGACUGUAGGAGCAUACUGGAUGCCAUGACAGAGGCACAGGUGGAGUGGACUCCGUACUUGACUUAUGAUAGGUCUUUAUUGAACGAGCACCCACGUACCUCGUAUAUCGGUGGUAUCACCUGUUUCGAUAUCGUGGAGGUCUAUUUGCCUGAGAGGACAGUGAGGCAGCUCGGUUUUGCACAGGAGAUUCCCCCGGCUCCGCUGAGACCUACCCAAGCUCUGCGACCAGCACAGGGCUCCUACUUAGUUACAUUCGCUUCUUCUUGUAUGUUUACGGAGAUGUGGAGUAGGUGA